AUGUCCGUCACUAAUGCUCUUAUACGUCGGGGCACCGAGCUUGCUGUCACUCACAUGCAGUCGGAUGAUCCUGAGCGCUACCGGCCUAAUGGAGGCUUGUUGGCUCUAUUCGCCAUCACUAUUGUCUUGCUUAGUUUGGUUCUCUGGACUAUCGAGUAUACCUACGGAAUGGUGAUCGCUACUCUGGCUGCGGUUGAAGAUACCAACCCCGAUAUCUACGUGCGCAUUACCUCCGAUCCUGCCGAUCCCACCAAGCCAUCCAACGAGGAGGAUCCUGAGCUGGUUUCUGCUACUCCACCCAAGCCUAUUACUGGCAAGCUGCGCACCACUCUGAAGCAUCUACGCUCCCGUGCUGGCUUCUCGUCUCGCUUCCGUGGAAUCGGCAUGUUCAUUGCCUAUAACUUGGCCCUUGGCUUCCUGUCAAGCUUCUUCCCUGUUUCUGCAUAUCUGUACCAGUUUUUCGUUCAGUCUGCCGGGAGCCUUCUCCUGGCUACUUGGCAGAUGGCCUGGGUGCACAUUGUCAUCUCCGAGCCCUCCCCAAAGCGCUUCUAUCAGCGUAUCCCCAGCUUUAAGACCUGGAUUAAAAUUGCCCCAGCUGCUGCUCUCCAGGAUAUCCUCACCGCUGCUGCUUUCUUCAUCCCUAUGGCCAUUGCCAAAUUUGCUGGCUGGCUCGAUGUUUCCCAUGACGAGGAGGUGCUGCCUUUGGUGGUCUUUUACCGUGUCAUGGGUGUCACUUUGGUCCCUGCUAUCCUGGCAUUGCUGAUCUCUCUGCCUGCUCGUGUCAUCUUCAUACGUGUGGCUGCCUCCAUGCUUCCCGAGGAGGAUGAGACUAUCGUGCCAUUUGAUCGCUCUUUCGGAGGCAAGGUCAGUCCUGCUAUUACCGGUGGCAGCGGCAAGAUCGGCCUCAUGGAUGCAUGGACUACCUUUGACUGGCCUGCCCGUGUCCGCUUUGUCAAAGUUAUUCUCAAGACAUUUGCCAUGGAGGUGGCGUUUGGUAUCUUCGCCAUGCUGGUGCUUGGUGCUCAGGUCUUUUGGAUUGUUAAGACUGCCAAGCCUGUCGACUCAGAUGCUCCUGGGAUGCAAAUGAGCUGGACUUAA